AUGGCGUCGUCUUCUCAGAGAUUGACCACCGUUUGUUUGGCUGUACUCUUCCUCUUAGCUCUCACCGUCACCAUAGCGAUUUUCCGGAACAAUGACAUCUCUCACUCCAGGAAGCUGAAAACAGAGAAGGUGCAGAGCUCAAAAAACACCUCAACAAUGGCGGCGAACAGGCUUGAUGGUGUCGAGGUAAAUGAAGAACAUCACGCGGUCGCUGAUCCAGAUAAGGUUGCUGAUGAAGUCGCUACGCUUGUUCAGAUGAGCGAACAAAACAUCACAGCAAGGAGAAAGCUGGGAUUUUUCUCUUGUGGAACCGGCAAUCCAAUCGAUGACUGCUGGCGUUGUGACCGUAACUGGCAUAAGAACCGUAAACGUCUCGCGGAUUGUGGGAUCGGUUUUGGACGAAACGCAAUUGGUGGUCGUGAUGGACGUUUCUACGUCGUCACUGACCCGACUGAUGAAGACGUUGUUAACCCCAAACCAGGAACUCUACGCCAUGCGGUUAUCCAAGAGGAGCCUCUGUGGAUUGUGUUCAAAAGGGAUAUGGUGAUAGUGCUAAAACAGGAGCUGAUCAUGAACAGUUUCAAGACCAUUGAUGGUCGUGGUGCUAAUGUCCAUAUAGCCAACGGUGCUUGCAUCACUAUCCAGUUUAUCACGAAUGUCAUCAUCCAUGGUCUUCACAUUCACGAUUGCAAGCCUACUGGAAACGCAAUGGUUAGAAGCUCGCCAUCUCAUUUCGGUUGGAGGACAAUGGCUGAUGGUGACGCAGUCUCCAUUUUUGGAUCAUCUCAUAUCUGGAUUGAUCACAACUCUCUCUCUCACUGUGCCGAUGGCCUUGUUGAUGCUGUCAUGGGUUCCACUGCUAUUACCGUCUCUAAUAACCACUUUACACACCACAAUGAGGUGAUGUUGCUAGGGCACAGUGACUCGUACACAAAAGACAAGCUGAUGCAAGUGACCAUUGCUUACAACCAUUUUGGAAAAGGACUUGUUCAGAGGAUGCCAAGGUGUAGACAUGGUUAUUUCCAUGUGGUUAACAACGACUACACACACUGGGAGAUGUACGCCAUUGGUGGGAGUGCAGAGCCAACCAUCAACAGUCAAGGAAACAGAUAUGCUGCUCCCAUGGAUCGUUUUGCCAAAGAGGUGACAAAAAGAGUAGAGACGGAUGCAAGUGAGUGGAAGAAGUGGAAUUGGAGGUCGGAAGGAGACCUUCUACUGAAUGGAGCAUUCUUCAGGGCAUCAGGAGCAGGAGCUUCAGCUAGCUAUGGACGAGCCUCAAGCUUAGCAGCUAAACCAUCAUCAAUGGUCGACACUAUUACCUCUACUGCAGGAGCACUAGGUUGCCGCAAAGGCAGACUUUGCUAGCCCCUCUCUAUACCACCAUAGACUUUACUAACCCUAAAAACCCUUUCCCAUAUCUUUGGAAAGUGCAUAUAUAAUAGUACUCUUCUUCUUUUCGGUUAUUUGUUUUUUGGGGUCAUGUCAGUGUUCUGUCAUUUCCCACUUUGUGUUUCUUCCCGGUGAUAGGAAUUGGUCAACCUCGGCUUGCUUCUUCUUCGUCUUCUUCUUCAAAAAGGUGGGAAAACAGAGAAGAGCAAGCAUAGAAGCGUUGUUCAAAAGGUUUCCUUUGAUUAGUCUACAGUUCUCUUAUGGCCUCUUUAGUUUUUUUCUUUUGGGUUUUGGAGUUGUUAAGGUCCUUUGGUUUUAAUGGAUCUCACUCCCUUGAAUUCUAGCGUGUUUUUGGAUUUCUCUUUCAAGUUAGAGAUAGUAGUAGAAGCAAAAAAAAAAUUGU